AGAGAAAUGUGUGGUGUAGACAUCAACUCACAUCUUAUCUGCUAUCUCCCCUCCUCUCACCACAAACACUCAUCUCCGCGUCCUUACCUCAAGGAGCAUGGAUCCCAGUUAUAAUAUAUGCCAUUUUGUGGUCACCCAUCACUCUAGCAGUCGAGCUUGCAGCCAUGGCUACUCAUGCAGCUCUUGCUUCCUCCAGGAUCCCCGCCAACAACACCAGGCUAUGCAGCAGCAAGGCCACGCACCCCAACAUCCACAGCCUCCCUUCCUUCUCUAAGAGACUGGAUGUGGCCGAUUUUGCCGGAUUGAGAUCGAGCUCCUGCAUUACCUAUGCUAGCCAUGCUAGAGAAUCGACAUUCUUCGAUGUCUUGGCUGCUCAGCUCGCACCGAAGGUUGCAGGGUCAACUGUCAACAAAGGGCAGACAGUGGCGAAGCUCAAGGUGGCCAUCAAUGGCUUCGGACGCAUCGGUCGGAACUUCCUCCGGUGCUGGCACGGCCGGAAGGAUUCCCCACUCGACGUUGUGGUCGUCAACGACAGUGGUGGCGUCAAGAACGCGUCGCAUCUGUUGAAGUAUGACUCGAUGUUGGGGACGUUCAAGGCCGAUGUCAAAAUUGUCGACAACGAGACCAUCAGCGUCGAUGGGAAGCCGAUCAAGGUCGUCUCCAGCAGAGAUCCACUGAAGUUACCCUGGGCAGAGAUGGGUAUCGAUAUAGUCAUUGAGGGGACUGGUGUUUUUGUUGAUGGUCCUGGAGCAGGCAAGCACAUUCAAGCUGGAGCUAAGAAGGUUAUAAUAACAGCUCCAGCAAAAGGGGCUGACAUCCCAACAUAUGUUGUGGGUGUUAAUGAAGGAGAUUACUAUCAUGAAGUGGCCAACAUUGUAAGCAACGCUUCAUGCACCACAAAUUGCCUUGCUCCAUUCGUGAAGAUCUUGGACGAGGAGUUUGGUAUUGUCAAGGGAACCAUGACAACUACUCAUUCUUAUACUGGCGACCAAAGGCUACUUGAUGCAUCACACCGUGACUUGAGGAGAGCAAGAGCAGCAGCACUCAACAUAGUGCCCACAAGCACUGGUGCAGCCAAGGCAGUCUCACUUGUGCUGCCUAAACUCAAAGGAAAGCUCAACGGCAUAGCCCUCAGGGUCCCUACACCAAACGUCUCUGUUGUGGAUCUUGUUAUCAAUGUAGAGAAAAAGGGCAUCACUGCUGAGGAUGUUAAUGCUGCAUUUAGAGCUGCUGCUAGCGGACCACUCAAAGGCAUUCUUGAUGUAUGUGAUGUGCCGCUCGUGUCCGUCGAUUUCCGAUGUUCGGAUGUGUCUUCUACCAUCGACUCAUCCCUGACCAUGGUAAUGGGUGAUGAUAUGGUGAAAGUGGUUGCUUGGUAUGACAAUGAAUGGGGUUACAGCCAAAGAGUCGUCGACUUAGCGCAUUUGGUAGCUGCCAAGUGGCCAGGGAUAGAGCUGCCCAGCGGAGGAGACCCUCUGGAAGAGUACUGCAAGAAGGAGCCAGGAGACGAGGAAUGCAAAGUCUAUGAAGCCUGAAAAUUUUCUUAGAAAACUUUUCUCCUCAGUUACUGGAUAAUGACAUUUUACUCAUUAUUCUAAAUGGACGAGGGUGGAAGUUUUUGUGCAGUUCUUGGAGGAUAUAUCAAAGUUCUCCGUGUCCAAUAAACGUUUGUGUUUUUUAUUCAGGCACCAGAACAGGAGACCAUGUUACCACUCUUGCCAUGUUUUUCGUGGCCCUUUCAUCUGCGCAUGCAUAUGCAGUACAGUUCAAUUUUCAUCA